CAGCCCACGCAUGUUAAAUCUCGUAGCCGAAAGCCCAAAACAAAAAGGGCUCAAAUAACAUCCCUUCAAUACGACAAUCGCUUUAAGAUCGGGAUCGAAUAAACCGACCGCUACCGCGUUUCAGCAGAGACCGCCGGCUGUCGUCUCCGUUCUUUCUCUUUGUCCAUCUCUACUCACAGGUUCGGAGAAGGAAGGUAAGCUAGGCUAACAGAGGAAUUGAUUGAUCGAUCGAUCGUACGGGCAAGCUGUUUUCAGUAAGUAAGCACCAAUGGCCAACGGUCAGAGUCCGGACUCUUCCGCGUUGCAAAAGUAUGGCAUCCCUUUCUAUUCCGCUGCUUGGGUUCCGUACAAGGAACUGAAAUCCAAGCUCCAAUCCGACGAUCAAGCUCGAUCUGAUGACAAGCGUGAAGACUCUAACAAAGAAUCUGCGACUUCCGCUCCGGCGGAUAAAGAUGGGGAUUCCGUUGAUAAGGAACCCUCUGCUGCAGAACCGCAGAAGGCCGAUGGACCUGCUGCGUCGGAGUAUUACGUGGUUUUGGCUGGUGGUGGCGGCGAAGGGCGAAGUGGCAUAGCAAAUGCUAUUGUGGUUGCUCAUUUCGAUUUCGCUUCCAGUACUCUCUCGCCGCAGCCCGUAAGUUUAAGGUUAUUGUUAGGAUAGCAGAGGUUUUGAAUUUGUGUUUGGGAUUUCAUUCAUGGCGUUGAUUUUGAUCGCUUUUAUCGAAUCCUUGGUGCUUGGAUUUUGCUGAAUGCUUUUGUUUGACCCCAUUCAUUUUAGAAUAUUUUCGCAGAUUGAUUUACCAAUUCCAGUAUCAUAAAACGCCAUAAGCAUUCUCUUCAACCAGUUCGAUAAUACGUAAUAGUAUUGUUUAUGCAUUUCUAGAAGAUAUUAUGUUCAUCAUUCUUCUGCAUUCCUCUGUUUCAGGUAGCUAAGCUGGUUCUUGGUUCUGAGUUGCCAUAUAGAAUGGCUGUUCACCCAAAAGGGGAUGGAUUAAUAUGUGCUAUGCAAAACAGUUGCAGGUUCUUUGAGUGGGAUGAGAUCGAAGAAAGUGAAACACGAAAACUGGAUGUCAAAGUUUCGGAUAAAACCCUGGAUCUGUUACAAGAUGUUGGACAACAAUUAGCAUUAGCCUAUGACACUGACAGUUCCACUCUUGCUGUCGGAGGAGAGGAGGGCAACUUGAGGAUUUUUAAAUGGCCAAGCAUGGAAGUGAUUCUGAAUGAGGAUCAAGCACAUUCUUCCGUGAAAGACUUGUGUUUCAGUCCUGAUGGCAAGUUUCUCGUCUCCCUCGGUAGUCGUGGUCCUGGGAGGGUAUGGGAUGUACCUUCAGCAAAAGUUGUAGCUUCGUUGCCAAAUGGAAGUGAUGAAGUGUUCUUCUCUUGUAGAUUUGCACAAAGUAGGGAUAAUUCUCUAAUACUGUAUAUUGCUGCCAUAACAGGUAAAGGUGGAAGUAUAGUGACUUGGAACACAAGUUCUUGGAAAAGGUUACGCUCUAAGCAUGUGGUUCGUGAUUCCAUUUCUUCCUUCAAUGUCUCGCCUGACGGAAGGCUCCUUGCAAUUGGUACAACCCAAGGGGACGUGGUAGUUGUAGAUUCAUCCAAGUUGGGAGUUCAGAUGGUGGUUAGGAAAGCUCAUCUUGGAUUUGUAACUGCGUUGGCCUUCUCACAUGAUUCAAGGGCUUUGGUAUCAGCUUCUAUGGAUUCCAGUGCACGGGUAACAUUGAUAAAGGAGAAGAAAAACGGAGGAUUAAGCUGGUGGAUCAUCAUUCUCAUCAUAUUACUUGCAAUCCUUGCAUAUUUCCUGAAGGAAGAAGGCCUUCUUCCUGACUUUGAUUAGUCGCUUUUUGUUGCGGUAACGUGAAGAAGGGUUUAUACAACAACACAAACAUUGCCAUGUAAAAUAUGCAGAAUUUUGUGCCUCUGUAUCUGUUGGACUGGACUAGGUUGAGUAACAGACUUUAGAACCCCCAACCCGACUAACUAUUUUGGAGCCAAUAAAGGAAAACAAAUAUGACUUUUUGACGAUGUAGACUGAUGUAUGUUCAGAUUUCAGAAACAAGCUGAGUAGAACCCUAAAUGUGUAACUGCACUAUUUAUCCAUGAGCGGAUUUAUGACAAAGCUUCUGCUUGACUGUUCCCUUUCAAGUUCCAAGCAGAAGGUCAUAUGGCUUUUUUUUUUUUUU